GCAACUCUCUGGCCAGGCAGCCCUCGCCUGCCGCAGGCAAGCCUCAGACUUCAGGGUCGCAGGCAGGAGCACCUCUACCUCCCAAAACACCUGCCUCUUGUCCCCUCGGAGAGAUGGCAGUGGAUGCCACAAGAAGCAAGUCCCAGACAGCCUUGACUCUGGUGGAGCAGAUCCUGGCGGAGUUCCAGCUGCAGGAGGAGGACCUGAAGAAGGUGAUGAGGCGGAUGCAGAAGGAGAUGGACCGCGGCCUGAAGCUCGAGACCCACGAGGAGGCCAGCGUGAAGAUGCUGCCCACCUAUGUACGCUCCACCCCAGAAGGCUCAGAAGUUGGAGACUUCCUCUCCCUGGACCUGGGCGGCACCAACUUCAGGGUGAUGCUGGUUAAGGUGGGGGAGGGCGAGGCGGGGCAGUGGAGCGUGAAGACCAAGCACCAGAUGUACUCCAUCCCCGAGGACGCCAUGACGGGCACCGCUGAGAUGCUCUUUGACUACAUCUCCGAGUGCAUCUCCGACUUCCUGGACAAACAUCAGAUGAAGCACAAGAAGCUGCCCCUGGGCUUCACCUUCUCCUUUCCCGUGAGGCACGAAGACAUCGACAAGGGCAUCCUUCUCAACUGGACCAAGGGCUUCAAGGCCUCGGGAGCAGAAGGGAACAACAUUGUGGGGCUUCUGCGAGAUGCCAUCAAACGGAGAGGGGACUUUGAGAUGGACGUGGUGGCGAUGGUAAAUGACACGGUGGCCACAAUGAUCUCCUGCUACUACGAAGACCGCCAGUGCGAGGUCGGCAUGAUUGUGGGCACGGGCUGCAACGCCUGCUACAUGGAGGAGAUGCAGAACGUGGAGCUGGUGGAAGGGGAUGAGGGCCGCAUGUGCGUCAACACUGAGUGGGGUGCCUUCGGGGACUCGGGAGAGCUGGACGAGUUCCUGCUGGAGUAUGACCGCCUGGUGGACGAGAGCUCCGCGAACCCCGGUCAGCAGCUGUACGAGAAGCUCAUCGGCGGCAAGUACAUGGGCGAGCUGGUGCGGCUGGUGCUGCUCAGGCUAGCGGACGAGAACUUGCUCUUCCACGGGGAGGCCUCGGAGCAGCUUCGCACGCGCGGCGCCUUCGAGACGCGCUUCGUGUCGCAGGUGGAGAGCGACUCGGGCGACUGCAAGCAGAUCCACAACAUCCUGAGCACGCUGGGGCUGCGGCCCUCGGCCGCGGACUGCGACAUCGUGCGCCGCGUCUGUGAGAGCGUGUCCACGCGCGCCGCGCACAUGUGCUCGGCCGGGCUGGCGGGCGUCAUCAACCGCAUGCGCGAGAGCCGCAGCGAGGACGUGAUGCGCAUCACCGUGGGCGUGGACGGCUCGGUGUACAAGCUGCACCCCAGCUUCAAGGAGCGGUUCCACGCCAGCGUGCGCAGGUUGACGCCCAGCUGCGAGAUCACCUUCAUCGAGUCGGAGGAGGGCAGUGGCCGGGGCGCGGCCCUGGUCUCGGCGGUGGCCUGUAAGAAGGCCUGUAUGCUGGGCCAGUAGGAGCAGAGGCCGCAAGGACAGGGAGGAGGCCGCGGCCCACUGGUCGUGGGCCCGAUGGGGACAGCAUUCCCCACAGGAGCUCCCAGCCUGGCCGGGGCAGGAGGAACCCUGGAUGCUCCCAUCCCGCUGGGGAACCCAGGAAACGAGCAGUCGGAGAGCCCUAGAGCCCUGACUGGGGCAGGGGGCUGGGAGGACAGGAACAGACUCCCACCACUCCUCUCCUUUCUUGCUGGAAUCAACUACCCAGAAGGGAGUUGCUCACUCAGGACAUUUUUGCAUCUCCACGCUGCCUGCCUCUUAGAGCUGUCAGCCUGGCCUGGGCCCUGGCUUUCGGAAGGUGGUGCCCUCUGGACCCUACUGUGGCCUGAUUUCCCUGGGAACUCUCCUGUGUGGAGAGGCAGCUCCAGGAGCUUGGCCAGACCUGAGCCCCACAGGAGAGCCAGGGGCAGCUGAUCACCCAGGCCUGGCUGUCUUCUUGCCCAUGGCUCAGGAGGCAGGAGAAGCAAUAGGAGAAGGCUCCAUGGAGGAGGUGU